AUGGCAGCAUCAGCCCAGAAACAAAGAUAUUCUAAUAUUUCCCUUGGUUCUUCUUUAGAACCCAAUACAAAUUCAUCAUGGUUGUCGCCCUCUGGACUCUAUGCCUUUGGAUUCUACAAGCUAACCAAUGGCUAUGCUGUUGGAGUUUUUAUUGCUGGGAUUCCAGAAAAGACUGUAGUGUGGACAGCCAACAGGGAUGAUCCCGUUUUUCCCACAAAUGCCAUUUUGCUAUUAACCGAUUAUGGAAGGCUCAUUUUGAAGCAGGACAAUGGAGAUGACAUAAAUAUUGCAAGUUCUGUCCGGCCAGUCGUUUCAGCUUCAAUGCUUGACAAUGGAAAUUUCGUGCUGUAUGACUCCUCUCGUAGGAUUGCAUGGCAGAGUUUUGAUUCCCCAACGGACACUCUUUUGCCCGGCCAACGUCUCCCGCCUGGAAUGGAUCUCGUCUCCAGUGCUUCAAAAACCAACCCUGCCAGAGGUAUUUUCCGUCUUGCGAUGCAAACUGAUGGGCACCUGGCGCAAUACCCUGUGGAAAUUUCCGGAGCCAGUUAUGCUUACUACGCAUCAGGCACAAUUGGAACAGGCAACAAUGUAUCACUGAAUCUUGAUAAUAAUGGCCUUCUUUAUUUGUUCAAUGGAAGCUCCGCUAUCAAUUUGACGACAGGACAAUAUCGAAAAAGAACUAUCUACCUCGUGAGAAUUGAUGUUGAUGGUAUUUUUCGACUUUAUUAUCGCUCGUUGGAUCCUCAAGGAAACUGGACUAAAGAAUGGUCCCCCACGGAAGAUAAAUGUGCCCCUCUGGGUUUAUGUGGGUUGAAUGGUUAUUGUAUUCAGUUGGAUACAGUUGCGGAGUGUGAAUGUCUUCCGGGAUUCGAUCGUGUUAGUCCAGGCAACUCGACCUCAGGAUGCGAGAGGAAUUUUGUCAUGGAAGGUUGUAAAGCCGAGGAGCAAAAUGUCAGUUAUGAAAUCAUAUCAUUGGAUAACGUAGUGUGGGAAGACGUUAAUUAUGGUGUUUUAGUAAGCAUGACUAAAGCAGAUUGUGCAAAAGCCUGUUUAGAGGACUGCAACUGCGAUGCAGCUCUCUUUAAAGAUGGAAACUGCAGAAAGCAAAGGCUUCCAUUGAGAUACGGAAGAAGAGUGCAGAGUAAUCCAACUGUUUCUCUUAUCAAGGUGAACACAACAGCACCAUUGUCUCCAGGAGUUUCGAGUGGUUCGGGAAAAGAAAUCAAGAAAGAAAUUCGUCUGGACGUCUUAAUUAUAAGCAUUUCGCUUUUUGCUUUAGCUGCCUUCAUCCUGGCAAUUUCAGGGAUUUAUGUCCACAGAAAUCAUGUUGGGAGAUAUAAGAAGAUCCCCCAUGUUGGACUGAUUGAGGAUGUUGGUUUGCGAGCAUUCACCUAUCCAGAGCUUGUGGAAGCAACAAAUGAGUUCAAAGAAAAGCUCGGUAGAGGAGCGUCUGGGAUAAGAGGAACUCGAGGUUAUGUUGCUCCGGAGUGGCACAAGAAAUUGCCUGUGACAGUUAAAGUAGAUGUUUACAGCUAUGGAAUUGUGCUACUAGAGAUCAUAUGUGGUAGAAAAAGUGUUGAUUCAAGCCUCUCUGAGGAUGAAGCUAUUCUUGAAGAAUGGGUUUACAACGCUUUUGAGAGUGGGGAGUUGAGUAAAUUGGUGGGAGAAGAGGAGGUUGACGAGAGAAAAUUGGAGAGGCUGAUUAAAAUUGGUAUUUGGUGCAUCCAAGAUGAGCCAUCUCUCCGUCCGUCUAUGAAGAAAGUUCUACUCAUGUUGGAGGGGAAUGUAGACAUCCCAUUACCUCCGAGUCCUACUUCUUUCAUAAGUACCUUUUAG